CGCGUGGGCCACGAGGGCCGGUGCGGAGAUGCCGCAGCUAUUGAGAGGGGGUCGCUGGCGUGCGGUGUUGGCGCGGGCCCGCCGCGCAGUGCUCUUUGCAGGGCCCCGUGGGGCCUCGGGCGGCCCGGGUUGCGUUCGGGACGCCACCUCCGGAGCCGGCGAGCUGCGGGGCGAGCUUGACAGAUUCGGGGGCGUCUCCGUGCGCCUGGCGCGGCUGGACGCAAUGCACCGCUUGGACCCGGUCGCCUUCCAGAGGGCUUUGCAGGCUGCAAUACAGAAAUGGAGAUCAGAAGGUAGAGUAGCAGUAUGGCUGCACAUUCCCAUCCUCCAAAGUCGAUUUAUUGCCCCUGCCGCUUCCCUGGGCUUCUGCUUUCACCACGCAGAAUCGGACUCAUCCACGCUGACUCUGUGGCUGGGAGAGGGGCCCAGCAGAUUACCAGGAUAUGCUACACAUCAAGUGGGAGUUGCAGGAGCUGUAUUUGAUGAAAAUACUAGAAAAAUAUUGGUUGUACAAGAUCGAAAUAAAUUGAAAAAUAUGUGGAAGUUUCCAGGAGGCCUGUCAGAGCCUGGAGAAGACAUUGGACAUACAGCAGUUCGAGAAGUUUUUGAAGAGACCGGUAUAAAGUCAGAAUUCAGGUCCCUCCUGAGUAUUCGGCAACAGCACACCCAUCCUGGAGCUUUUGGAAAGUCAGAUAUGUAUAUUAUCUGCCGCCUAAAGCCAUAUUCAUUCACCAUAAAUUUCUGCCAGCAUGAAUGCUUAAGGUGUGAGUGGAUGGAUCUCAGUGACCUAGUCAAGACUGAAAAUACAACUCCGAUCACCAGCAGAGUUGCUAGGCUGCUGCUGUAUGGAUACAGAGAAGGGUUUGACAAGAUUGAUCUGACCAUGGAAGAACUUCCAGCAGUUUACACAGGCUUGUUCUAUAAAAUCUAUCACAAGGAACUGCCAGACAGUUAUAAAACUAUGACAGGCAUGGAUUAAAUUUAUAUUUACAUGGUUUUAAAAUGUUUAAGUAAAUUGUACCUAUAGAUUAAUGUGUGCCGUAUUAUAAGAAGUAGUGGACAUUUGGGUUAACAAUAUCUGACUUAAAUUUUCUAAUGUCUGUGAUUUCCAUGAAGAAAACUUGUUUGUACGUAUGCACAUUUUAAAAGCCUCUUUUCAAAUGAAGCAAAUGUAUGAAAAAGAUUGUAGCUAUAAGUAAGCUUCACUGGAUAAAGGCAAAUUCUAUAUAAAAAGUGGAAGUCUAUGCAUUUUCCAGGA